AUGCCAAUCAAGGAGGCCAACUGCGACGCCGGAUGGGUAGUGGUCAGCAGCGUUGAACUGGCAAUGAGCGCGCAGCUGCCCAAACUGAACACAACGAAUCCAGCCAAUCCGUUCCCUAUAGUCGUCCAGCCUUUCCAGGAUGAUGACGGUGCUAGCGACAAAUCAUCCCUCCUCGCCGCCGAACAUAUGCGUGCGAUCCCCAUUGGCGCUCCUGCGUUGCCGACCUUGAGCGAGUGUCGCGUGCAGGGUACGGCAGUGAUCACCUCCUUCCGCUAUGAUCCAAGUCUAUUCAACCAUUCCUUCAUCGCCGAUAUGUGUGUUGAGUUCGAGUCUUUGGUGAAGGAUCUCGGUUGCGCUGAUGCCACAAAAAGCAUUAGAGAGUUGUAA